UUAAUUUACGCUUUAUUCAUAUACUCUGAACUGGGUGUGAUAUGAAAGUAUUUUACGUGCUGAUUUAUGUGCAGAGCAAACGGAAUCAAGUGAUAUAUCUCGGUUUUCAACAAAUCUGUUUCGAUACAGAUGGUGAUAUAUUUUUAAUAAUACUUAAUUUCCUUUUUUAAUUAGUUAUUUUGAAUAACUAGAAAGAUGUAUAGAAAAGCGGUUACGGUUACAGUCUACCAAUGAUUACAAAACCUAAAAUUAACCGAGAAAAAUAAUAUUUGUAACGUAUAAUUACUUAUUAGCUGCAGGACUGUUUAUCACUAAUCUGAAAAGGUUGGAGAGAUAAACGACUCUUUGGCCAAUGACGGCAGCUGACCUUUACAGAGUUUAUUAUUGAACCUGAUGCGAAUGUACACACAUUCCAAGAUUGCAGCCAUCUUAUGCAUUACGCAAAGUUCUCCUUUUUCUCCUGUGGAAUUCAUCUUUUAGAAAAUCAAUUUGAUCAACCGACGAGGCCACGAGUGUUCGCCGCAUCCGCUUUACAACACCGAGGCAUGCCGCUCUACCUGCCUUCAUAAGCAUGUUGUUCACCGUCACGGCUGCAAGCUUCCAUACAUGAACGUGGGAGGCCCAGAAUGCCGAACGCCCGAGGAGGUGAGGGCCGUCGAGGGGAGCAUGAGGUACCUCUUCUUCAACGGGCACUUCAACUACACCCCCUGCGGCUGCGUCCCCGAGUGCUUCUCCGUCAUCUACCGCCAGAACACCGACACCACGUGGAACACCAACAGGAACGCGAUUAUGAAGGUAUAUUUCGCAGGAACUGAGUACGAGGAGGUGGUGGAGUCGUACUCCUUUUCCUCCUCAAACCUCGUGAGCCGCAUUGGAGGCUUCAUGGGGCUGCUUCUGGGAGCGUCUGUCCUCUCCCUCCUUCAGGCUGGGGAGCUGGCCCUCCACAAAGCAAGGAGGAUGCUCUACUGGGUCCUGUGCGCGGUUUUACGUAGCGAAGUAGAAUAGUAUUCAUUUCUUGUGAAAGUGUGGAUGUAUUUUGUAAAAAAAAGGUAUCGAGGUGUAUUAAGUAAAGUCAGAAGUUUUGAAUGAAGUCUUAGGAUGUAAGAUAAUGUUAUGGUGAUCUGUGUUCUUAGUAAAUAAUACGUAGUUCCAGGAUGCUUAUAAUGGGUAUAGUACGUAUGUGAAGCUCAUGUCAAAUAUCUGAAAUGGUAUUAUAUGAUAUAUGGACUUUUUUCAUUAUCUUCAUUUAUCUGAAAAAUGACGUAGAUGCAGAAAGUAGUGAAAAUAACAUUUCUUUCUCUACAGCAUGUAGAAACUAUUUUAGUUAAGCUAUGAUAUUUUUAACAUCCUGAAAUGUUUAUUAUUCUUAUAAAUCUUAUUGUUGACUGAUGAAAUAUAAAAUUGUGUGUGAAAAUAACUUUGCGAGAACAAAUACUAUAUGAAACUGUUUUCUAUAUCCUGGCAUUAUCAUGUACGUAGUAGGAACUAAUGCAGUCAGUUCUAUCACAUAUUGCCACUUAUAAGGAAAAUAUGUUCCUUGUAUACAGGUGUUAUUGUUACUGAAGUAUUUAUCUACUGCCAAUAUUUUCUUUUAGCUUUUUUAGUGUUAUGUUUAGUAUUCCAGCAAUCCCACUAAAUAUAUACCUUGGAAAGUUUUGAAAUUUCUAAGCACAUUUGACAAGGGAGCUAUAUAAAUUUUUUCAGUUAGCAGAUGACGUUUGUAUUUGUCAUUGCAUUUAACAUGUAUGUGUAUAUAUUUGCCGUUUCUUUAAUAUAUAGGAUACACAUUUUCAUCACAAACCACAACUCUUAAGGUAUGCAGUCAAUUAUAUACAGAUUUUAAAAAUAAAAUCAGUUGUAGAAAUCUUGUGAACUAUUUAUAAUAAAAGAAAUUAAUCUUG